AUGAGAGCAGAAGGAAUAAUUAUAUGGGAGUGGUGCAUUAAAAUUGCUUUAUGGCUGACUGUUUUACUUUAUUGGGUUGCUGGAGGUGUGUUAAUAAUCACAGGUGUGUGUGUGCAAGUAAAACUCCACAAUGCUUUUGUGAUACUGAAUGAAGCUGCUUCAGGAAUAGGUGUGACCAUAACAGCUAUUGGUGUGCUUAUUAUCAUUCUGUCUGGCUUUGGAGCAAUUGCUUUAUUCAGAUCGAGCAAAGCCAUGAUCAAAAUGUUCACAGGUUUUCUGGUGGUGUUCUUGAUCACUGAAAUCCUAAUUGUUGCCACUGCCUACGUGUGCAGAGUAAAGCUACAGCAGACUGUAUCCAAAGAUUUAAUGAAGAUUCUGAACAAGUAUGAGAAGAACAGGCAGGCCACCAAGAGGGUGGAUAUUCUCCAGGCAGAGUAUCAAUGCUGUGGUGUGAAGAACUAUACAGACUGGCAAAAUACAACCUUUGGACUGCGCUUCUCAUCUGUCCCCAAAAGCUGCUGCAAAGUGCCCGUGGAAAGCUGUGUUACUGAUCUAAAUGAAGAUAUAAUUGGCAUCAAUCAGGAGGGCUGCCUUCUAAAACUAAACACCUGGACUGAAAGAAACAUUUCUGCAUUGGGGGGACUUGCUAUUCUUACAGUAUUUGGUCAGGUAACUGGGAUCCUGCUUUGCUAUAUUCUGCUGAAAAUAAUAAACAAAGACUGUGAGAAAAUUGAAGCUUAA